AUGGCGUACUGCCACGAUGUACCAGAUGCGUACGUGCUGGGCGAGAAUGUGUUCAACAACCAAAGAUCCGCUUUAAAGCUCACCGCUCAGCCCAACAACGUGGUGCUGGCCCUUGGCGAAGGUCCCUCGAAGGAUACUGGCUCGGAGAAGCAAGACUACCCCUUGCACCUGGAAGACAGAUCCUCAGGGACUGCCGGUGACCCUUCGUCUAGUCCGCUGGGCUCACUUUCUUCUCAGCCACAGCCGUUCACAGAGGAAGAGGCUCUGGUAUUCCGACAUUUCGUCGACACGGUCUCAAAGUUCUUCGACUUCUGUGACCCCAAGCAGCACUUCGGCCGUGACGUGGCUCAAAAGGCGAGGGCGAGCAGUACGCUCUGCACGGCAAUCCUGGCGCUCUCAGCACGCCAUCUCAGUCGGGUGGCAGAGUUCGACGGACUGGUAGCGGAUUUCUACUACCAGAAAUGUCUGCAACAGCUAAUUCCUAUGCUCUCGGAUGUUCCAAGCGACGACUCUAUACUAUCAGCUCUGGUCAUCUUGCGGUUGCUCGAGGAGCUUGACGUGCCUCUUACUGGACACGAUUCGCAGAGCCAUCUAUUCGGUACACAGGCCAUAAUCAAGGCUCAAGAGGACUCAAAUGGUCGACAGAAUACUGUUUCUGACCUCCUCCGAGCAGUGCGCAUGGCCGCACUGAGGCAGGAUCUAUAUAUGGCUCUUACCAAGCGACGUGCGAUGCAGGUUGAUAUCUUGAACCUGGUCAGAGCAGUACACGAGCCCUCGCGGACAUUUGCUCAUGACUCUGCGCAACACCACGAAGCAGAGUGGGCCAAUCUUGCUGUUCUGCAUUGCUGCGACGUAGUGCAGUUCGUGUUUGGGAGCGACCACCACAAUGCAUUAACUUUCGGUCGACUGACCGACGCGCAUGGGCACUGGAGAGACUCACGUCCCGCCUCGUUUGAGCCUUUCUACACAGGAACUACAACUGCCAUCUUUGCGGAUGAGAGGUAUCUCUCGGACUGGCACGUCAUGGGCGCGAUGUAUCAUCUACUUGCGGCGCUGCUUUUGGCUGCUCAUACAGUUAGUGGCUCGGAAACCAGAACGACUGUUGCAGAAGAACGAACCCGCGAGAUUGUCUUACGCAUGGUUGGCAUCGCCGGAGCAAACCCACAAACACCUCCCGCAAUGCUUGUUGCUUCUAUGGCUAUUUCCAUCCAUGGAAGCCACUUCAAGGAAUUACGCGAACAACACAUAUUACAUCGCUUCGUUGAGCAGACUGAGAGAACGACCGGCUGGCCAACUCGGUCAGCUAGGCAGGCGCUGCAUAAAAGUUCAAACGAUGUAAGGACCGCCACGACACAUUGA